UAGCAACUCACCUCACACCACUUAGAAAAGAGUUUAAAGCGUCGUAUCCGCCCGCUUCUCAGUGGACUCAAGCCUUCCUCUCCUUUCUCACUCUUUCUCUCCGUUCUGCCUUUCUGACCCUCUCCAAUGGCCUUCCGCCUCUGCGCUGCUCGCGGCGGUGCCGGCCGCGCCAUUGCCAGGCAUACAGUAGGAACGGCAUGGCGACGACACUAUGCUUCUGCAACACAGCCAUAUUUCCCCGACGAGCCGAAGGAGCCAAUCGUGAAGACUGAGAUUCCCGGGCCGGAAAGCAAAAGGGCAAUCGAGAAGUUGAACAAGGUGUUUGAUACGAGGGCGUUGAACAUGAUGGUGGAUUACACCAAGAGCUUGGGGAACUAUGUCGCGGAUCCGGAUGGCAAUGUGCUGCUCGAUGUGUAUGCUCAGAUUGCAUCUAUCCCCGUCGGGUACAACAAUCCGGCACUGAGGAAAGCAGCGACGUCGCCUCAGAUGGUUUCCGCAAUCAUCAAUCGUCCUGCACUGGGUAACUUCCCUCAGCACGACUGGGCCGACAUCCUCGAGACGGGCAUUCUGAAGGUCGCUCCCAAGGGGCUCAACCAGGUCUUCACAGGCACAACUGGCUCCGAUGCGAACGAACUCGCAUACAAGGCGGCAUUCAUGUGGAAGCGUCAACAAGAGCGAGGUGGCCGCGACGUCGAUUUUACCCAAGACGAGAUCAACUCGUCCAUGAUCAACCAAGCCCCCGGCGCCCCGCCCCUCUCCAUUCUCUCCUUCAGCUCGGCCUUCCACGGCCGCCUCUUCGGCUCCCUCUCCACCACCCGCUCCAAGCCCAUCCACAAACUCGACAUCCCCGCCUUCGACUGGCCGCGCGCCCCCUUCCCCCAGUGCAAGUACCCACUCGACCAGUACGCCUCGGAAAACGCGGCCGAGGAACAGCGCUGCCUAGCGGAAACGGAGCGCCUCAUCAAGGAAUGGCACCACCCGCCGGCCGCCGUCGUCGUCGAACCCAUCCAAUCCGAAGGCGGCGACAACCACGCCUCGCCCAACUUCUUCCGCGGCCUCCGCGAGCUGACCAAGAAACACAACAUCCUCUUCAUCGUCGACGAGGUGCAGACGGGCGUCGGCGCGACGGGCAAGUUCUGGGCGCACGAGCACUGGGGCCUCGAGACGCCGCCGGAUAUGGUGACGUUUUCCAAGAAGGCGCAGACGGCCGGGUACUACUACGGGAACACGGAACUCCGGCCGAAUAAGCCGUACCGCCAGUUCAACACGUGGAUGGGCGAUCCGUCGCGCGCGAUCCUGUUCCGCGCCAUUAUCCAGGAGAUUGAGCGUUUGGACCUCGUGAGGAAUACCGCCGAGACGGGCGCGUACCUGUACGACGGGCUGGCGAGGCUGGCGGAACGGUAUCCGGAUGAGAUUCGGAAUUUGAGGGGGAAGGGGCAGGGCACGUUUAUUGCGUGGGAUAGUCCGCGGAGGGACGAGGUGUUGAAGCGGGCGAAGGGCGAGGGGGUGAAUAUUGGCGGGAGUGGGGAGAGGGCGGUGCGGUUGAGGCCGAUGCUGGUGUUUCAGAGGCAUCAUGCGGAUUUGUUGCUGGAGCGGUUGGAGAGGAUUUUCAAGUCGUAGGCGGAGGAGGAGUAAGACGUCGAACUGGAUGGAUCAGGGAAGGGAUGGGGGGCAGAGGAUUGUAAGAAGGGGUAGUGUCGUUCUCUGCUUUCGCCGCGCAGUGAUAGUAAUGCAGUUACUUUAGCGAUUUCAAGUUUAUUCGGGAAAGCG